ACAACGUCAAGUUUUAAGGCAACCGAGGGAGUCAGGGCCAGCCUUGGAUUUCCCGUCGACCGCUUCGCAUCUCGCCCAGCGUCCUCGUUGGUCCCAAGAGAUCGAUCUCGACAUUCAGAACGAUCUCAUCCCGCUGGCCCACCCCCCGAUCUCUUUCUAGUCUUUCACUCCAGCAAGUCUCCUUCAUCAAGAUGUCUUCUGUUCUCGCUCCCCCUGAGGCCCACAUCUCUUUCCAGCACAUUCUUCGUUUGCUCAACACCAACGUUGAUGGACGAAGGAAGAUCAUGUUCGCCUUGACCGAGAUCAAGGGUGUUGGUCGUCGAUACUCCAACUUGGUCUGCAAGAAGGCCGAUGUCGACCUCAACAAGCGUGCCGGAGAGCUCAACUCGGAUGAGCUCGAGCGAAUCGUCACCAUCAUGCAGAACCCCGCCCAGUUCAAGAUCCCCACCUGGUUCUUGAACAGGAGGAAGGAUAUCACCGACGGAAAGAACCUUCACGUCGUUUCCAACAUUGUCGACCAGAAGUUGAGGGACGACAUUGAGAAGCUGAAGAAGAUCAGGGCCCACAGGGGUCUUCGACACUACUGGCAGCUCCGUGUCCGUGGUCAGCACACCUGUACCACUGGUCGACGAUCCGGAAGGACCGUCGCUGCCAAGAAGAAGUAAACGAGCGUCACGAAACCCGCCUAUCAAGCUUGUUUAUUUCCUCUUCUUUGCUGCGCACGAGCUCUUUUUUUCGACGGUGAUUCUCGUUGGAUGGACGUGAUCGCGUUCCGGUUCCCAUCGUCUCGCCUCGCCCCGCGGUCUCGACUUUGUAUUGCACGGGGAUGAGAGGAGGAGCAGGGGGAUCGGUCUGAUGAUUAUGCAAUACGGUUUUAUCGUUGCCAUCCACACAGUGCGAUGUCUUUGCCUGUUAUUGAAAUGCAAAGUAAUGGAUAAACGAGUGUCUAGGUAUUGGGUUGGUACAAAGGGUGAUGAUGAUGGCAAUCAAAGUGGGUUGAAAAGGGCGACCUGAAAUGAUCGACUGUCCAUAGUCCAAGCUGGUAGGACGUCUGCGGCUCAGGCGCUCGAGGUGGCUUGCGCCCCGUCGGCGUAGGCGAAAUUGGAGACAAAGCUCUCGAUAGCGUCGCUC